UGUUUGUCGAUAUAACAUUAGGCAACUCUACGUUCGUUCAGUAUUCUAUAGAACUCCAAGUCGAAGUAUUAUUCGUAGUGUGUGAAGAAAUUUGUUAAAUUGAAAAUUGAUUAAUCAAUAUAAUGGUGUAACGAUGAAUUGCCAUCAGAUUUUAAGUGGUGCAUGCAAUGCUGGUGAUCGGUGUUUUGCUAUUGGUUCCGUAGAAGGAAUCCCAUUUACUGCUUACGCAGCUGGUUGUAAUAUUGUUGUGCUUGCAAGUACAUUUGAGCGGGUACAGAUAAUACCUGGGGCAACACAUGGUUAUGUCAAAAUUUCUGCAUUGGAUUGUAGCACCGACACUGGAAAAGUUGCAGCGGCAUACGAAAACAAAAUAUGUAUAUUUGAACCAACUCCAGUAUUGCAAACAGAAAAACGAUUCACUCAUUUUCUGGAUUAUAGAUGGGUUCAGACUGGAUCGUUCACUAGUCAUUCCCAUGUAAUUACCCUGUCCUGGAAUUUGGAAGGUACCCGACUUUUAACCGGCGGAUCUACAAUUCAAUUGUGGAAAGAAAAAUCAAAUGAAUUCGCAGACGAAGAAUCUAUGGGUGUAAAAUUUGUGAUUGGUGGUGAUCGAGAAAAUAAAACUCCUACAAACGAAACUAUUGAGAAUGUCGCAAAUUGGGAGAAUAUUUGGUCCUGUCAAACAGCCAUACCAAUUUAUCAUAUGGCGUUCAGUCCAGAUGGAACAUUGUUUGCUACUUGUGGACGUAACGACCGUCUAGUAAAAAUUUGGUACGAAAAUAAACAAAAUUCCAGAGGAACUUAUGUUAGAUUAUGCGGAAAUAGCUUCCAUACCACCGCUUCCUUUGUGGGUUCUCUUAAAUGCGGAUAAGGAAACAUCAAAUCAGGGCGCUGUCUCAUCUGAGGAUUCCAAAGACUAUGAUCAACUAUUUGAAAUGGACGCUGUUGAUGAAAGCUUAGAUGAUCUCCUCGAUAAUGAAAAUGAAUACAAGCGGUCUGAUAGGCGACUGUCAAUUCCCGAGAAACAAAAUAUAUCGCAUUUCGGUCCCCGACAAGGCCAAAUUCUAUCAAGACUUUUAACACAUACUCAUCUUCCCGGUCUUUCCUCGCUCGACCAAAUGCAUCUUCUGGCAUUAGCUGAUACUGUUUCAACGUGUAAUACCGACUUUUCUGAAAAGUUCAUUACUGAAUCUGGAAAAACAACAAGUAGGGAGAUUUCAGGAAAUUCAUUAACAGAUUCUCUAGAUGAUUGCGGUCUCAGAUUUUUAUUGGCAAUGAAACAUUACACAUAUCUUCUACGGUGUUUGCCAUUAAAUCAAAGAACACAAUAUCAAAAACAUGGCGUUGGGACUUCGAAUAUUGUGUGGGCCUUCCAUUCGGAGAGUGAGGAGGAAUUAUUAAACUUAAUACCUUCAUAUAAAAAAGGAGAUUUAAAAUGGUCAAUUUUAAGAGACCUUGGCGUGGGUUAUUGGCUUCGGAAUACAAAUAUAUUGCGACAGUGUGUUGAAAAGCUAGCUAAAUGUGCAUAUCAAAUGAAACAGGAUCCUCUUGAUGCAGCUUUGUAUUAUUUAGCCAUGAAAAAAAAGUCAAUAGUGUGGGGACUAUUCCGUUCGAAAAGAGACGAAAAAAUGACGCAAUUUUUUGCCAAUAACUUCACGGAAGAUCGCUGGCGUAAAGCUGCUUUAAAAAAUGCGUUCGUUUUACUUGGAAAGCAACGUUUUGAGCAUGCAGUUGCGUUUUUCUUAUUGGCAAAUUCUUUAAACGACGCAAUUGAAGUAUGCAUUAACAAACUUGAUGACUUCCAAUUAGCCCUCAUUAUAGCACGAUUGUAUGAAGGGGAAAUCGAUAUUAACUGUAAUUCUACAUAUAAAAAACUGCUUUGCGAACAUGUUUUGGGAAGUGACGACGAUUCCAUCAAGUUUAAUUAUGAAAAAGCGCAUCCCGAUCCGUUUUUACGAUCUAUGACAUACUGGAUUCUAAAAAGACAUCAAGACAGUUUAAACACAUUGUUACUAUCAGGUGUUGGACAGUGUCAUCCCGCUUUUAAGGAAGAGGAUAUGUUCAAAACAGAAAGUCAAGCCACAAAUCCAAACGUAUUCAAUUUUUACAUUUAUUUAAGGACUCACCCCUUACUUGUGCGGCAAAAUAUAGCUUUAUCGGCUCAGGAAAAUAAAUUAUCGCAUGUAGUUCUAUCGGGAUUUAGUUAUGCUGGAGAUUUAACGAAGAACUCAAAGAACGAUAAACAAUUGCAGAUAGAAGAUUCUAUCAGUUCUAUAGAACGCCAAUUGUAUUUCACAACUGCACACUGUCAUUUCAAAGCUGGAUGCCCUGCAUUAGCUCUGGAAGUUCUGAAUAAAUUGCCAACAAAAGUUAUUGAUUCUACCGAAAUGGAAGAAUUCGACUCACCAUGUAGAACCGAUAAUGAACUUAUAAAAACUGGAAUUGUUGAUUGGGGAAAGCAAGCAUCUGCAGAUAUUGCAGAAAAUUUGACAACUUCCGCAUUGGAUUGGAGUACUCCUGUAUCAUUGACAAUGAAAGAAGACGAUCACUUCAAAAUCGAAUGGGAUGACGAUGAUUAUGAUAGUAAUGAUGACAUAAAUAAAAAAGAAGAAAUUAGUGCAUCGGAUGUUAAUAAAGACGUUUGUAUAAUGUCCCAUAAUAUGAACAAAAUUGAUAUUAUGGCUCAACAACUUAAGUUUGUAGCUUGUCUAAAGAUUCUCAUGGAAGAACUAUCAACAUUAGCCACAGGUUUUGAAGUUGAUGGAGGACAGCUUCGGUACCAAUUAUACAUAUGGCUUGAAAAAGAGGUGGAAGCAUUGCAGCAAUUGUGCAAUUAUUGCAAAUUUGAUUCUUCGGAUUUUAACAAUACAUCGGAUAUUUUGAAGGAGAAAGACAGCCCUGCUUCUCAUAUACUAUCAGAUAAGCCAACACUUCACGAGAUCUUACAACACGAAAAACAUGAUUUCGAAGCAAAAGUGAUGAGAGCUGCGAAAAGAAAGAAGUGGUUAAAAGCGAACGAAACUCUUCUUAGAACUUUGCUUAGUUAUUGCUCUCUUCAUGGUGCCAGCGGAGGAGGUUUAGCUUCGGUAAGGAUGGAAGUCGUUCUUCUUUUGCAAGAAUUACAACAAGAAAAAACUCAACAGCAGCUACUAAGUCCAUUGCCAUUCCCAACAACCCUUCCUUUAUUGAGUGCAUGUGUCGCAGGAAAUAAAACUGUUAUUGCAGAUCCUAUCAAAUACUUGCAGUCUCAAACUACAGAUAUGCUUCACAGUGUUAUAAAUUGCUCACCCUUUGUUGGAUUGGAUACCAAUGCUUUUUGCGAGAUAUUUAUUAUAAGAGAUCUUGCUGUGGCGUUAUCCUCUUGUAUUUAUCAAUCUUUGUGCGAUUCUGAAAGUUUUGUUGUGAAUAAUACGUCGCAAAAUGGAUAUCAAAGUCCUGGCAUAGAAAACAUAGCCAAACUUAAUUCAUCGUUUGAGUGUUCCCAUUUGAUUGGAAAUGCUAAUAUUUACAAUAGAAAACGUUUAUACUCGGCAGAUGAGCCGUACACUGUUUGUACUACGCCUUCAAGAUGGCCUGGAGUUGCUAAUUUAAGGGCCUUGUUGGCGAGAGAAAAAGAUGAAGAUAUUCCCAAGUUAAAUGUUUUGUUACUAGAAAGCUUUAUUGCUACGUACGUGUCUCUCGCAACAUAUGCGCUUGUUACGUGUGACAGUCGUAUACUCUACCGAUUGAUCGUUCAUAAUUUUAAUGUAGAAACAUGGUCUACAAUUUUUGGCGGAGGCAUGAAAAAAUUGUUAAGAAAAGCCACUUGUGAAAAUCAGGUUUCUUCAUUGCACAAUAUAUCAACAGAGGAUCAGACCGACGAAAACAGUGUAUGGAAUACUGUAACUUCAUCUAUCACAAAACAACGAGUUAAACUGAAUAUGAAAAUACUCGGAAACUUUACUGGAAAUAGUACUUCCACAAAUAUGAAAGAAGACAGACCAACUUAUCGCGAACAAUUUGUCCCCCCUGAGAUGUCUAUGUUGUCUUAUUUUUUGGCCAAACCCAAAGUAAACGAUUUUGAUGAUUAUGAUACCGACGAUCCAUAUGAUUCCGAAAAUGAAGGCGAAGAAGACGAUGGUGCUAUCGGAACUUCAACUGUUGGUAUAAACAAGGAUAAAGAAAACAAGGAACAUGUUGAUCCGUUUUCGUACUCGUGGUGCAUCUUAAGAGUUGCGUUGAUGAAAGUAUUUAUUAAAAAAAUACAAGAUUUUGUCAAUAUUUCGGGAAUUGAACUCCAAGAUUUACCAGUAUUGAGCCCACUGUCUCAUGAAGUUCUAAGGACAUUUAACAGAUGGCUGGAAAUUGCUCUUGAAAUUCUUCUCUCCAAAGGUCCGCCCGGCGAGGACUACAUUCCUGGUUGUUUUUCAAACAGUGGUGUUCCUGGACUUUCGAUACACAGAUAUAGAACACUGUUGAGUAAAGACAACACCCCAUUUUCCGCCAGCUUCGCCGCUGGACCAGUUCGUAGAUUGUGGAACUUCCUUGUGCGUCAAGAUGAAGCUCAAGACGUAUUUAUUAAGGCCAUAUUCGGAAAGAAAAAUGACAAUAAUUUCAGGAAUCCUUUUGAAACACACGAUUUAGUUGAUAAUGGAAGUGUUUCUGGUAAAGAUAUAAACGAACCUAUUCGUAUAAUACACAAGGAUCAUGAAUCAAUUCUGGCAUUUUGCUUAAAUAGCAGUUCAUCUAGUACGAUCGCUGUUGCAAAUCCUCGAGAGGUCCAAGAGUUUAAUAUUUCCCUUUUGUUGGAAUCGCCAAAUUGGUUUGAAGAUGAAUGUGACUACGAUUUGUUGAAUAUUUCUAAAGAAAAUGAUGUUGGAUCUAAUACUGGAUUUUUAAUGAUUCAAAGUUCUGAACAGUCCCCCCACGGCUCGUCCCAAGAGUCUGGCUUCAAUUUUAAUACAAAUUCGUCGCAAUCUGGGCGUGGUACUGAUCUUAUACUAAAACACAAAAUUGAUAAUGUUAAAAGGAUGAGUUCCCACCCUUUAUUGCCGCUUUAUUUAACGGGAGGGCAAGAUGGUUCUGUUCAAAUUUGGGAAUGGGGUCACCAGCAGGUAGUUUGUACUCCCCGAGCUUCGGGAACAUUUGCAAAAGUAACCAGAUGUAGAUUUUCUGAACAAGGAAAUAAGUUUGGAAUUGGAGAUGGAGACGGAAACCUAAGCUUAUGGCAAGCUGGUAUUGCUUCUCAAAAUAAUAAAUCGUUUUUUACAUACCAGUGCCACAACAAGACGCUUUCUGAUUUUGUGUUUUUAGGAUCAUGUAGUUUACUGGCAACAGGUGGCCAAAGCUCAGAAAAUAAAAAUAUCAUGAUUUGGGAUACAUUGCUGCCUCAAAGAAAAUCUUGUGUAAGCGCAUUUACCUGUCACGAACAAGGCACAUCUUGUUUUGUAUUUGCUCCCCAACAUCAGUUACUUAUAUCUUGUGGAAAGAAAGGAGACAUUUGUAUCUUCGAUAUGCGGCAAAGAACGUUGAAACAACGAUUUCAGGGUCACGAUAGCGCCAUUAAAUGCAUUAGUCUUGAUCCCCAUGAAGAAUUUUUUGCUACAGGAGCUAUAGAAGGAGAUAUAAAGAUAUGGAGCCUCAACCAGUAUUCACUGAUAAAGACGUUUUCCGGGGAGCAUGCCAAAAAUAGUUUCUUCAAACAUAUUGGGCAAGGCGUUAGCCAAAUACACAUUGAUGGAUAUGGUCGGCUAUUCUCAUGUGGCUCCGAUGGAUGUAUGAAAGUUAGACAACUAUUUGAAAAGGACACAAUAGUCCAUACAAUGUAUUGAGUCCAUUAAAAAUUUGACGCAUAUAACUAAAUAAUAUUAAAGAAUAAACAUAUAUAAACUAAUUA